AUGUUUUUCAAGAUUGUGUCCUUGAUUGUGUCUUCUCUUUUUGUUGUUACAAAUUCUGAAAACUUUGGAUUCAUUUACAAUGGGUUCAAUAGAGCAAAUUUGAGUCUUGAUGGCAUUGCACAAUUGACAUCAAAUGGCUUAUUAGAGUUAACAAAUACUUCUAGGCUACAAAAGGGGCAUGCUUUUUAUUCUACACCAAUUAAUUUCAAGAACUUGCAAAAUGGUUCAAAUUUCUCUUUUUCUACCACUUUUGUCUUUGCUAUUGUGCCUUCUGUUUUGCCUGGUCAUGGUAUGGCUUUUGUAAUUGCACCUGUUGGUGGUCUAGUAGAUGCACUUCCAAGCCCAUUUUUAGGCCUGUUCAAUGAUAACACUACUGGGAGAGUCAGUAACCAUGUUUUCGCGGUCGAGUUUGAUACUUUACAGAACAGAGAAUUCAAUGAUAUUGAUGGUAACCAUGUUGGAAUUGAUAUCAAUGGAUUGAAAUCCGUUGAAUCGAAGACAGCAGGUUAUUAUUAUGGUGUUAAAUUCAAUAACAUGACUCUUGCUAGUGGUCAGCCAAUGCAGGGUUGGGUGGACUAUAAUGGUAUGGCUAAGCAAAUAAAUGUAACUCUGGCUCCAAUGAAUGUAGCAAAACCAAAUGCACCACUUUUGUCAUUGUUGUAUGAUCUUUCACCAAUCUUGAAUGAAACCAUGUAUAUCGGCUUCUCUGGAUCGACUGGCUCGGUUGUUUCAACACAAUAUGUUCUAGGAUGGAGCUUUGAAAUGAAUGGAAUAGCUCAAGGUCUUGAUCUUGCUAGACUUCCUAAGCUUCCUCGAGUUGGACCGAAGAAACAAUCUAAACUUUUGCUGAUUGCUUUGCCAAUGAUAUCGGCAGUUGUUGUAGUAAUAGCCUUUUCUGUGUUGAUUUACUAUGUCGGAAGGAAGAGGAGGUUUGCGGAAUUGCUUGAAGAUUGGGAGCUUGAAUAUGGACCUCAUCGGUUCAAGUACAAAGAUCUUUAUAUCGCGACAAAGGGAUUUGCUAACAAAGAGUUGUUAGGUUGUGGCGGUUUUGGCAGAGUUUACAAAGGAGUAUUACCAACUUCUUCAAUUGAGGUAGCAGUCAAGAAGGUGUCUCAUGACUCAAAACAAGGAUUGAGGGAAUUUGUAGCAGAAAUUGUUAGUAUUGGUUGUCUACGCCACAGGAAUUUAGUGCCACUUUUGGGUUAUUGCAGGCGUAAAGGAGAGUUGCUUUUGGUUUACGAAUACAUGCCUAAUGGAAGUCUUGAUAAGUUCCUAUAUGACAAACCAAUAUGUGCUCUCAGUUGGAACCAAAGAUUUCGAGUCAUCAAAGGCGUAGCAUCAGCACUAGUCUAUCUACAUGAAGAAUGGGAACAAGUUGUAAUACACAGAGAUGUGAAGGCUAGUAAUGUGUUGUUAGACAGUGAAUUGAACGCAAAGUUGGGAGAUUUUGGACUAGCAAGAUUGUAUGAUCACGGGAGCGAUCCUCUCACUACACAUGUAGUUGGAACUGUAGGUUACCUUGCCCCUGAGCAAACAAGAACAGGCAAAGCCACAACCAUUAGUGAUGUAUAUGCUUUUGGUGCAUUUUUGCUUGAAGUGGCUUGUGGGAGAAGGCCAAUAGAUCCACGAGUAUCGGAUGAGGACAUUGUGUUGGUUGAUUACGUGUUUUCUUGUUGGAGUAGAGGUGAUAUUCUUCAAUCCAUUGAUCAAAAUUUGGGGAAUGAAUAUGUUAAAGAGGAAGUUGAAUUGGUACUAAAACUCGGACUUGUUUGCUCUCAGACAGAACCAACAACGAGGCCAAGUAUGAGGCAAGUUUUAAUUUACUUGGAAGAUAUCGUGCCUCCACCAUUGCCAGAGUUGUCAUUGUUACAAAGUUCUGCCCAUUAUUUUUCAUUUCCAGGUUUUGAUCAUCACUUGUCUAUGUCUUCAUCAUUUUCUCCAGAGAAAGUACUUUCAUAUCCCUCCACCGAUUCGAACUCUCUUCCAUUCACUGGUCCAUGA